CUUCCUAACCAAGCAAUCUAUUUUUCAUAUAAAUAAAUAAAUGAACAUAAACCCCACACUUCAUUUCUCUUAAACCCUAACAAACUCUUCUCCAAAAAAAUGGGAAGCAACCAAGCCGCAGUCUCCUUCCUAACCAACCUCGCCCGUGCCGCUUUCGGCCUCGGCACCGCCGCAACCGUUGUCAACACCUCCCUCUACACCGUCGAUGGUGGCCAACGCGCCGUCCUCUUCGACCGUUUUCGCGGAAUCCUCGACCAAUCAAUCGGUGAAGGAACCCAUUUCCUCAUCCCAUGGGUUCAAAAGCCUUACAUCUUCGAUAUCAAAACUCGUCCCCACACAUUCUCUUCAAUCUCUGGCACCAAAGAUCUUCAAAUGGUUAACCUAACUCUCCGUGUUCUUUCUCGUCCUGAUACUGAGAAUUUACCUACCAUUGUUCAGAAUCUCGGUCUCGAAUACGACGAAAAAGUUCUUCCUUCAAUCGGUAACGAAGUUUUGAAAGCUGUUGUGGCGCAAUUCAAUGCUGAUCAGCUCCUUACAGAGCGUCCACAGGUGUCUGCACUUGUCCGGGAGAGCCUUGUCCGGCGUGCUAAGGAUUUUAACAUCGUUCUUGAUGAUGUGGCGAUCACACAUUUGUCUUAUGGUACUGAAUUUUCGCGUGCUGUGGAGCAGAAGCAGGUGGCUCAACAGGAAGCAGAGAGGUCGAAAUUUGUUGUGAUGAAGGCAGAGCAAGAGCGUCGGGCUGCGAUUAUUCGGGCUGAAGGUGAGAGUGAGGCUGCUAAGUUGAUUUCUGAUGCUACUGCUGCUUUUGGGAAGGGGUUGAUUGAACUUAGGAUGAUUGAGGCUGCUAGGGAAAUUGCAAGGACGUUAGCGAAAUCGCCUAAUGUUACUUAUCUUCCUGGUGGAAAUAACAUGAUCAUGUCUCUUAAUACUCCAACUGGUCGUUGAUUGUUGUUGGGCUCAAUGAUCCUUUUAUGGUGCAAUGGCGUGGUUGGAAUUAGAUUAGUCUUGAGGUUUUGCUGAAAGGAAGCUUUUCUUUUGUUGUAGGCCCGAUCUCAUCUGACCAGAAUUCAAUAGAAUUUUAGAAAUGUAGAAAUAAUUUUGGCACUUCUUGUUUAUGGAUAAUUAAUGAGUUUUAUGUGUACAAUGGUGACUACAUGCUUGGAAUAUAUUGGGUGACAUGAAAUUGAGUAAUACUUUCUUGGGGUUUA